CGUCGCGCUUCAUCAACCUCAAACGUUUUUGGCUCGCUGCAGACUUUACCCUCAACACCACCAACACCGACAAUACGGCACAUUAUGCGCCAUGGCUAGGUUGAAUGAGCCUCCAAUGUCUACGGACAACAUCGAGACGCUUCGGCGCAAGAUGCUUCGACAAAAUAGAGAGCUUGCCAAAUGCAAUAACGUCCGAGCCCUCAGAAUACGAGAAUUGGAAAGUGAGCUAGCUUGUGCCAUUUCCGAAAACCUAACACUCCGCGGCCGCAUUCUCGAACUCGAAGGCCAGGCUGAAGACAAACAAGCGCGUCGAGUUGCCGACCACGCCCUCGAUAUCAAACAAAGGCUCGAAUCACAACUGGCUGAAUGGAGCACAAUAGUUGCCGAGCUGGGCGUCCAGCCUCCUAAAAAGAGACGCUUGCCUGAAUCGCCGAGAUCACAGAAUCAGCGUUCUAGCGCCAGUUUGGUCAGCAGAACAAGCCCAUCACAACGAAGACUUCGAGAUAUUGCUCGUGAAGUCGAAGAGCUGGGUCACAUUUCCGAACACAAAGCAUUCUCACGUCAAUCCCUCAACCCCGAACAAAUAUCAGCGCUUAUUUCCGAAGCCGACUCAGCAGCCCAUGACAGGCCACUCCAUUCCGUCACGGAAUCUCCAACAAGAGACCCUGUCAAAAUUGACUCUCCGGAUCGCCCAGUGCCUCAGCGUAGCUCGUCAAGUUUGCUCAACUCACCCGUCCGCUUUCCUUCUCCUGUCAAUGAGAGCACCAUCAUAAUCAACACAUCUCCCAAAAAGCGAUCUACGCUCAUGGUUCAACCUGAUGAAGUUCUCGCUACUGUCGAAGAACGGCGGCCCAAGCCUGUCAAAGCAGGUUCUAAGCGCAAGCUUGACUUUGGUGGUGAGAUGGAAAAUGUACCGGUUCAGAGGAUAGCGGAGGAUGGUACCGACACCAACUCCGCUUCUGAAAAGGUAGCUAUCAGGGAAAAGGCAUAUGGCAAAUCUUUGAAGGAAUUGGCCUCGAUACGACGGGAGGCAAGAAACCGACCAGACACCACGAAGCCUGCCCGAAAGCCACUAUCAUCGAAGACAACAAAUGAGGAUAUCACCUCGCCGAAGAAGCUUGCUCAUUUGAUUGCAAUGGACGAUAUUGCUGUAGCCAAAGCUAAUUUGGUGCGACAGAAGCCUGCCGUGGACAAGUUGAAGCCCAAGAGCAAGGUUUCGAGGGUCGAGUCUCUAUCUUUACAAGAAUCCGUUACUCCAAAGCUUACUGCUUCUCCUGUUGACUUCAGUGUCAGCAUGGCGGAGACCGCUUUCCUCUCUCCGGCGUCGCCAGAGCCAACACCACCAGUGGAAGAGCAUCGUGGGGACACCCCUCCACCAGCAGACAUUUCAUCCAUGGGAGAAACUUCUCGGCCAAGCAGAAGAAAUAGAACUACUAUCAGCUAUGCGGAACCAAGUCUCCGAGUCAAAAUGCGACGACCGACAAAGGAAUUGUUCGACGCUGUUGCUGGCGAGGCCAAAUCCAGACGUUGGAGCCAGUCUCUAGAGAGUACUGUUAAACGGGAAUCAGCUGGCCCUGAUGCUCUGCAGGCCAUUCCAGCCGCAGACAAUUCGCCAAUGGAACAAGUUGAAACAACAGAGAAGCGUAAGCGAACUUCGUCAGUUCGCCGAGCCCUAGACUUUGCCGCUCAUCUUGAUAAUGACGACGAUGAGGACGCAGCCGAGGUUGAUGUUUACGACUUUGAGAGCUCGUCACCAAAAAUGGAUGAGAGCACUGGUCGUCCUACGAGAGGGAAGGCGUCAAGACGGUUCUCUGCGGCCGUGGAUGCCGAAUCUGCAUCCGUUGCCAAGGAGCGUACAGGAUCGCGGCGGCGGAGCAUGAUGGUUUGAGGAAGAGGAGGUAUAGGGGAACAUUUGUGAUACCACUGCUUAAAAAAUUUUGUCAUUGACGGAGUAAAGCCUGGCGUUUUUACUGGGAGGCGUCUGUUUGGAUGGCUUGUGUUUUUUUCAUGUUUUCAGCAUACCAGCUUUUUUGCAUAUUCUAUUCAUUCAAUAUUGAGCCUAACUUGUGCUCUUGUUGCUUUACAGAUUGCCUCUCUCUCCUAUUUAUGUAUUCGGAUCGCGAUUUCUUUUCAAUGCUUGUAUAUUUGAUUUGUCAAAAACAGAAAAUAAGAUCAGCGCUUUCGUUGAUAAACUCCCAGCAUAGCAUGCCACUCAAAAAGAAAAAGCCAGCGCACCACCUUCACAGAUCAGUGUAGCCUUGUUCGAAAUCGGUCGGCCGUCACCCAGUUCUAUAUCCGACUCAUUUGCCACUCUAUUUGGCGAUUCAUCAUUUCAUCAUUAUGAGCCGCCUGAUGGCUCAACAGGUUUUGUGUAUGUGACCUUUUCUACCGCGACGUUCUCGUUGCCUUGUUCAUCCUUUCUUAGUUGGUACACGUAUAAUGUGAGGGAUAUGCCUUGGACCUAUACGACGUUAGAACGAUUGCUCUAAAGGUGUGUUACUAUUGUACUGUAUGAUAGCAACUUACGUCCAUCAGACAGAAGCUCGGUGAUGGGUCUUCUGAUUCCGAGCCCCAGCCGUUUAGGAAAGCUCCUGUCGCGCUACCCGGGUUGACGAAGAACUUGUCCAUGUACUCAAAGGCAUCGAACUUGUGGGUGCCGCCCCAGCAGAGAACAUCUACAUCUAGGCGGUUUGCUUCGGCGAGAAGCAGAUCUGGUUCGUUGGACACGAGAGUAAAGCCCUCGAGGAAGCCGAUGCGGAUGCCACCGUGGGUGACGACCUGCGUCAGCGGCAGCGAGGUAGCCUCGACGUCGUAGCGGCCCUUGACGAUCUUGAGGUCGGGGGCGAUGGAUCGGAGGUACUCGUAUGUUGUCUUGUCUGUCAGGUUACCGAGGCAUAGCGUCUG